AGUCCAUAGAGAUUAACCCUAAGGUAAAACCUCGCCAUUUGGUAAAGUAACUUUCUUGAGGCUUACCUAUUUUACCUCAAAAGUGAAAACCCCUUCCCCAUACUAAAGCAGCCAUGCCCGGUCUCAUCGUCGAACCCGAGAAGAAGCUUCUGGAAGACCACCUCUACGAUGACGUCGAUGAUUCCGACGAUUCCGAUGAUUCUGACGAUGACAAGGAAGAACAGAGCUUAAGGGAGGAAUUGGCUGAACUUAGAAAGGAAUUGGCUGCUAUUAAAAUGAUGGUGGCAGAUAACUUAAAGAAGAUCUUAAUGGUAGAAUCUCUCACCAACAAGGUCUUAGAAAUGUUAGCUCAGUAUUCACCUGGUCCAACUCUCGCAUCCAUCACGGUGGACACUGUAGCACCUAAGCCUGAUUCCAUCUCCUCUUCACCUGCACCUGCACCUGCACCUGCUGCCAUCCCGCCUGUUGCGGUGGGAAACGCGCAUAUGCUAGAUGCAACUGCCUAGCGGGAGUUGUUUCACCCUACUUAUAUUUGUUUUUGCUUGCACUGUGAAUAAUGCAUUAUUCUAAGUGUGGUGGGGUGAGUGAAUUAAAUUUUUGUUGAUAAUCGUAAUUAAUUGGCUAUGUCUUCUUCUAGCUAAAAUAGUGCUGCUGACUUGCUGGGAAAAAUUGGAACUAGGAUGCAUGAUGCCAAUAGUAUUACUAAGUCUGGUAGCUACUACUAUUGUAUAGUCAACCUUUUGUCUUAUAAUAUUAGUAAUCCUUUUGUUCCAGUGGUAAA